CAUCGCAAACCCUAACUCAAUUCACCCACACUAUUCUCAUCUUCUACAAACAAUGAUAUAGUUACCCACCGGAAGCACAACACCGUCUUCUUCGUCGCAACGCCUUCUUCAUCAUCUUCUGAUUGCAGCACCGUUUCCUGAGGUCUCGUCGCCGUCGUCUUCUGAGGGAUGCGAGGAAGGGGUUAGGGUUUGGCGGUGGUAGAAGGAGCAAAAUGGAGGAGUCUGAACUUGAAGAGGGAGAGGCAUGCUCAUUCCUGAACCACGAGGAGGAGCUUGAUGAUGCUAGCAUCGAUCCUGAUGUUGAUCUCUCUUACAUUAGCAUCAAGAGCAAGCAACCAGAAAUGACAAAUUUUGGCUUUCCAGCAUCAGAUGUUGGAGGAUUGCAGGUAAUAAAGAACUGUGACCUUGAAAAGCUUAUAGAAUUAGGAUCUCGUACAUUUGGGACUGUGUAUCAUGGAAAAUGGAGAGGCACUGAUGUUGUAAUCAAGCGGAUUACUGAUAGGUGUUUUGCAAGAAAGCCUUCAGAGCAAGAGCGAAUGGUUUACUUUUCAUUGAUAAUGUUUUUGAGUUCCCUUUUCCCCUGCCCUUUUUCCAUGACUAAUGAAAUGGUUUACAUUGAUUAUCUGUUUAUACAGUAAAGAGCUGACUUCUAGAAUGAGGCAAUCAAGCUUGCUGACUUGCACCACCCAAAUGUGGUGGCACUCUAUAGUGUUGUCCUUGAUAGCCCAGGAGGUUCUGUGGCAACAGUAACUGAAUAUAUGGUUAAUGGUUCUCUAAGAACUUCCUUACUGAAAAAUGGGAGGUAAUAUCUACAACUGGUUAUGUCGAGCAAUCUGUAUAUGGGGUAUGCUCUUAUUGUUUUUCAAGAUUUUGUGUGCCAUAGAACAUUGUAAUUCCAGAGUUGCAUAUGUUGUUUUGAAGAAAACUCAGCAAUUGACAUUGCUUGCACAAUUUUAUAGGUGGUGAUCAGCACAAUAAGUCUUCUAUAAGUUUCUUUUCUAGAUAGGCAGACUUUUUUCUCGCAUUUACUUAUUAAAUAUAUAUAAAUGUAUAUAGUAUUCUCGUUAUCUAAAGAAAACUAAGUAUAUGUCUUUGUUACUACUAAUUAAUUAGUUUCUUAUUACAAUGUGGUAUGUGUAGACAAGUAUAUGUCUUUGGAAAACUAAGUUAUUGUAAUAAUUUGUUAAUACAAAAUUAAAAGUAUAGGAACUAGUGUUUGCUUGGCAUCUUCUCUUCAGAGAUCUACACAGAUUUCAUUAUGCAGUGAGUUUUGGAAUCAUUGGAGACUAUGUUCUUUUUCUUGCACCAUUCAAUGUUAGUAACAGUAGUAUAAAGAUUUGAAGAGUUGGCCUUUAAACCAACAUAGCCAGCCCCAAAAACCAGAGCUGCAAAACUUCCAGCAUAUACGUUUCUCAAGCUAAAGGUUGAUUUGAUCUUGAAGGAGGCACUGAUGAAGUUGUGAAGAAAAGAAUAAUAUAAUGGAAUAAAGGGAGAUGCUGAAAGAUGAUAGUAUUUAAGUAAACUGUGGGCACUUGAAAGUGGAGAAUUGCAUAUAAACCUACAAAGCCUUGAUCUCAUCGACACUCAAUAGUAAAAAUGUAAAAUUACAUUAUUAUUAGCAUCAUGUUUUAAAGUAAUUAUAAUUAUUUAUUAGA